AUGAUUACGUUUUCAAAUCGGACGGUUCAGAUCGAGGAGAGCGAAGAUUCCGUGCGGCUGAGAUCUGCCUGCGUUUUAGGUUGUUUUGCUUUCGAAUUUCUCCAAAACCUUCGCAACCUAUUUAUCCGUCCAACUCUUCCCGAUUCCGAUGUCUCCAAAGAAAAUCACGUAAGAGAUGGGGCAGUCAUCGAUCUCGGCGGUGACGGGAAAUUUACGCCUCACGCCGAGAUGACACGUGACGAAGAGGCCCUAUAUAUUUUCAGGCAAGAUUACAAGAUCCCGAAUGAGAUCGAGCUCGUUCUCCCGGCCGAGGGCGAGGAUCCGGAGCAUGUCCGUCCGAGAUUUUGUUGUGCCUACACGGUGUAUUUCCAGAACGCCGGGAUGAUUUUUCCGGUAACGCGAUUUCUGCUGGAGGCGCUUGCUCAUCCACGGGUGUGCGGUUCCAGUCCUGGAAGGGAAAGAGUCAACUGGAACAUGUUCACCCCGGAACGGAUCCGUCGAGUGCUCAGCUCUCCUCCUACUCCUCCGCCUGGUCACAUGACCUUCGGGGCAGAGGUCGUGGCUAUUCCGAGCACGGUUCAGGUGAGCUCUGAUCAGAGUCGGAGUACGGGUCAGGGUCAAUCAAAGAAAGCAUCGAAGCGAGCUCGAAGCAACGAUGGAGAUUGUUGUCCCCGUGAGAUCGGUGACUGCCUCGAACGGGAGUGGAGGCUUAGGGGGGUAACCGCCGUUUUACUGGAGGUACGAACACCCCAACGCCUUCCCGAUCUAGGAUGA